AUGAAGAGGCAGAACGUGCGGACUCUGUCCCUCAUCGUCUGCACCUUCACCUACCUGCUGGUGGGCGCCGCCGUCUUCGACGCCCUCGAGUCGGACCACGAGAUGCGCGAGGAGGAGAAACUCAAAGCCGAGGAGAUCCGGAUCAAGGGCAAGUACAACAUCAGCAGCGAGGACUACCGGCAGCUGGAGCUGGUGAUCCUGCAGUCGGAGCCACACCGCGCCGGCGUCCAGUGGAAAUUCGCCGGCUCCUUCUACUUUGCCAUCACGGUCAUCACCACCAUAGGUUACGGGCAUGCUGCUCCCGGCACGGACGCGGGCAAGGCCUUCUGCAUGUUCUACGCGGUGCUGGGCAUCCCGCUGACGCUGGUCAUGUUCCAGAGCCUGGGCGAGCGGAUGAACACGUUUGUGCGCUACCUGCUGAAGCGCAUCAAGAGAUGCUGCGGCCUGCGCGACACGGAGGUCUCCAUGGAGAACAUGGUGACCGUGGGCUUCUUUUCCUGCAUGGGGACGCUGUGCAUCGGCGCGGCCGCCUUCUCCCAGUGCGAGGAGUGGAGCUUCUUCCACGCCUACUACUACUGCUUCAUCACGUUGACUACCAUUGGGUUCGGGGACUACGUGGCCCUGCAGACCAAGGGCGCCCUGCAAAAGAAGCCGCUCUACGUGGCCUUCAGCUUUAUGUAUAUCCUGGUGGGGCUGACAGUCAUCGGGGCCUUCCUCAACCUGGUGGUCCUCAGGUUCCUGACCAUGAACAGCGAGGACGAGCGGCGGGACGCCGAGGAGCGGGCGUCCCUGGCCGGCAACCGCAGCAGCAUGGUCAUCCACAUCCCCGAGGAGGCGCGGCAGGGCCGGCCCCGGUACAAGGCAGACGUGGCGGACCUGCAGUCCGUAUGCUCCUGCACCUGCUACCGCCCGCGGGAGUACGGCGGCCGCCCGGCGGCACAUCAGAACUCCUUCAGCGCCAAGCUCGCCCCCCAGUACUUCCACUCCAUCUCUUACAAGAUCGAGGAGAUCUCGCCAAGCACAUUAAAAAACAGCCUCUUUCCGUCCCCUAUCAGCUCCAUCUCCCCCGGGUUACACAGCUUUACCGACAACCACAGGCUAAUGAGACGACGGAAGUCCAUCUAG